AUGACAAAAGAAAAAAAGUCAAAGUCAGCAAAGGCCAAAAAAAGUCACAAGAACAAGCAUAAGCUUUCGUACAAAGAACCUUUCCUUGAUGAGGUCCCUACACGAAUUAGGCUUUCAUUAAAACAGAACGCCGAUACAGGCAAAAAUAAGUCAAAAUCGAAGCGUUCAGAAGUUUCUGACGAUGCACUGGAAGGAAGUGAAUUCGACAUAGAGAUGCGGGAUGCAGUUGUGGAUCAUUAUGAUUAUGAACAGGAUACUGUAAAUGAUAUUAAUGAUUCCACACUAAAUAUUAACGUUGGAGAGACUGGCAAUACGAAAAUAGACACAUCUAAAUCUUCGACAACUAACUCAAACAAGAUGGUCUUGAAGCUAAAAUUCAACUUAGACUCACCACCCCCUACUACGAAAAAGCAUAAGCACAAACACAAGCAUCAUAGGGAACAAGCUGAAAGUUCUUCACAUUCACACAAAAAAGCUACCGGCAAACGUACGACGCGCGAUUCUUCAAAUGAUGAGUCUGAUAAAAAUGUCGAUCUAUUCAAGGAAGACGAUAACAAAUCUUCUCAUGUACGAAAAAAGGCUAAACGCCAUCACAUUGAUGAGAAAAUUGAGAUUAAUGGGGAAAAUAGAAAUAUAGAAAAAUGUAGCGAUAGUGUCAAGCGACAUGUAGAUGAUAAAUCCAAAAAGACAGAGAAAAGGUCGACGAAUAAAGCUAACAUGAAUAAGUCAUAUACUGAUAAUAUCGAUCAUGGCUUAAUCGGAGACACUGUUGGAAAGCGUCUGACAGAUGUUGAUUAUAUGUCAGCUUGUGAUAAGAAAGGAAAGACUAUAAAAGGUGUUGUUAAAAAGGUCAAAGUCGAGAAGAGCCAAACAUUAAAUGAUAUUAAAAGCAAGGAAAUAUUUCAAUAUAGUAAUAAUGGUGAGAAAUUAAUUAAUUAUGAGAGCGCGAACCCUGUAAAAAGUGAAAUAGACGGAGAAUUUAUUUUAGGCGAUGAGGUCAUAAAAGGAAUCAAUCAUGAUUCGAAAGAAUUAUUAAUGCUUGAACUUGCAACCAACACAUCCACAUAUUCGCUCCGUGAAAAACGGUCAUACCCACCAGUUACGGAAGAUACAAAAACAAAAGCCGAUGAACGCAGUUCAUCAAAAGCAGUUAAAAAUACAAAAGUAUUUUGCCAAUCUAAGUGUGAAACUUCUACAGAAAUUGUUUCGGACACAACAAAUGUAGCUCCAUCCAUUUCGAACGAAACCCAAUCAUCAAUACCAUCCCUACAGGAAACAACCAAAACGAUUACAUCAGGUCCAAGCGAUGUACAGAGCAGAAUUAUAAGUUCUGACAUUGCCACAAAAGAAGAUACAGUUAUGUCAACAUCUGUUGGCAAAAAAGGGCCAACACGCAAGCUUGGAAGACCUCCAAAAUUACAAGAACCACAACGUAAAACGAAUCCACGAACUUGGACAUGGCAAAAAAAGAAAAAGGAUCUAAAAACGAUUUUAACAAAAUUAAUGGAUUCUUUUAACAAGAAAGACGCGUAUGGUUUCUUUUUAGAACCAGUCGAUACCGCUAUCGUAACUGACUACCUCACGAUCAUCCAAAGGCCCAUGGAUUUUGGAACAAUGAGACAAAAAAUUGAAAGGAAUGAAUAUUCUUCCAUUGACGAAUUCAAGGCAUAUUUUGUUCUUGUGUGUAAUAAUUGUAAGACAUAUAAUGCACCAGAAACACUUUAUUAUAAAAGUGCGGACAAGUUAUGGCAAUUUGGUGAAAAAGCAAUAGAACGUGAAAGAGAUAGCAUUCUUUUAGAAGAGGAGAGAAUGAAAGCAAUGGUAAUUAGUGCAGGGACAGAGAUCGGACCUCGUGGAAAUAAACCUAGUGGAAAAAGGGCUAUAAAUGUUGCACAAGGCGUCGCAUCUAGUAGAGCUUCAUCUGUUUCAAGGUCAGGGAGACAAGUUCGAAAACAAAGAAGAGGGGAAGCACGUAAACAAUUUGCUCCCGACGGUUCACUCAUACAUAAUGAUCCAUUUACCUUAAUUCCACAACCACCGCCCUUUGGCGAGACACCACUCCUUACAGUUAUAUCAUCUAAAACUCAACCACGCUUUGAAGAUUAUGGUCCGUUUGCAACAUUGGGGGUUGAUCCACCUUUUUUCACGCCAGCAGAUAAAGAAUACAUUUACAAUAUGUUUGGAGAUGAGAAGGGCUAUGCAUACGCAAAGAGCCUUAAAGCAUUUGUGGCGGAUAUGGGCGAAGACAUGAAUGUGCACGUGGAUAAAAUAAUAGAUAAUUUAACUUUUGGUGUUCAUAGCCUUGAUCGACAAGUGUCGCAUAUAUUGUCUAAUUUAGAUCCCAACAGGCCCAUUGAUACUUCGGUUAUUAUUCAAACCGAACUUGGACCUGUGAAUGUGGGUGAAGAAAUUGAACGAAAUAGGCAACUUUCAGAGAUCAAGAAGCAACAAACUGAACUAGAUGUGUGGCAAAAAGAUAAGAUUGAUUUAGACUUUUUGGUCAGUGAUCAAGAAAUAAUAGCUAUGACGAAAUCGAUGGGGAGUGAUCAGCAAAGUUUUCAAAAAAUGUUAGAACUCAAUGCUCAGAAUUUAAGUGAAUUAAUCAAGGCUAAGCAAGGUGUUGGUAAUUUGGAGUCACAACAAAAAGAAAAACAACUAUGGAAAUCUCUA